AUGUCAGAGGAGCGCCAAGGCCAAGGCUAUUGCGGCGAGGUGGCCGAUGCCGCGCAGCUCAUAGAGCAGUGGAAUGGCGUCAAAAACAAUUUUAAGCCACUCACGCCAAUCACUUCAGCCUACCGGCAGAAGGAUGUUGGCAUCUCGGGCGAUCCCAAGUUUCACGAGAUGAAACACUUCCUCACGAGCCACCAGCACCAGGAACGGUUGGUGUCUCGGUCAACCGGCUCGACAGAGGGAGACGAGUCUCCUCGCAAGGAGGGGGUGGAGAUCAUGAAUCUUAAGGCAAGGCAGAUCGCCCACGAGGCUCGGGGCGUAGAGAGCCCCAUGUCUAAGGGCUCCUCGAGCUUCCUUGCAUCCCCUCGGUUUGCCCUAACGGGCACAUCUAUCACCAGUUCGCCGUGGGUGCCGCCUGUGGCAGCAGCUUCGGCACAGUCCGGAGAUGUGUCGCCAUCGAAAGUCGAGUCGCCACGAAAGGCACGUGAGGUGAUCCUUGGGCAGGAAGCCGAAGUGCGAGCCCGACUCCAAUGGAGAGAAGAGCUUGAUAGGAACCUGCGCCGACUCAUGACAGAUGUAGAGCUGGGUCGAGACCCGGUGAUGAAGCACCACGGGCACAAGAUGGUGUGUGACCAGUUCGAUCGACUCUAUGGCUGGUUCAAAGAUGCAGGAGACAAGGAAGUGGCCAAGGAGCAGGAGGGACCUGCAUUCGUCCGCUACGAUCCAGCUAAGCCCGUCAUGGCCGGGUCAACUAGAGGAAUACCAAAGGCAUCCGAGCCUUUGUUUGUGAGAGAUCGACGUUGA